AUGGCCAAGCAAAAGUCAUCCGACGACCAACUGCUGAAACUGUUCCAAGAAUUUGACAAAGAUAAAAGCGGCUGUUUGAGUCGAGACGAGGUCGAACAGAUCCUAAAACUGGGGAACAAAAACAUAAAACAAUCACAUGUUGAUGAAGUGUUCAAAUUUUUCGAUACCGACGGUGGCGACCAGAAAAUCACUUUUAAAGAAUUCAAGGAGGGUCUGCAAAAAAUUGCGGCCUUCAUCCAGGGGAUCAAAGAUCUCUUCAAAUCUUACGACAAGGAUAAAAGUGGAACUCUGGACAAAAAUGAAAUGAAGAAGGUACUCGACGAAUGUGGGCACAAGUUCACUGAUGCUGAAGUCAACGAGAUCUUCAAACAAGCAGAUCGAAAUAAUGAUGGCAAAAUAUGUAUCGACGAAUUCAUGAAUUGCUUGACGUAG